UAUCAAUCUGCAGUUCAAAAAUGAUUACAAGAACGGUCGAAUAUGGGACAUAAAUUUCUUCAACCGAACAAUAUUUGAAUUCCAAUUCCCUGAUUUUGCUCCCUGUUUGCUAAACUAAUUAAUUCCCAGUACAAAUGGCGGUGCUGAAUAGUUACUUCCUUACAACUCAGCUGCCUGGAGUUCAAACCAUCGUCUCCCCUGAAACUAAGAAAACAGAGCUCCUCACCAGAUUUGUUUUGGGUAUCCUAUCAAUCGGAAUUUCAAGCAGAAAUGCCUCCAAAGGAGAAGCCAAAGGAGGAUACGAUGGAUUUCUCCCUGAAAGAAACUUCCCCUGAUAUCGGCGGCCGCAAGUCCCUAACCACAAUCAGCAACGACAAGCUCACCUUAGUCGAGCAGCGCCACUUCCUCUACGUCAGGAUCGUCAGAGCCAACCUCAAUCCGGUCGAAGACCCAGAAAACUGCUUCCUCCACCGCCCCUUCGUCGAGCUCAGAAUCGGCUGCCACCGAGCAGCGACCCGGGUGCUCGUGGACCCGACCCACAACCCGGAAUGGAACCAGGUCUUCGCCUUCGCCAAAGACGCCGGCCGGCUUCAGGGGAACCUCCUGGAAAUCCUCGUUAAAGACGCCACCAGCCAGGGGAAAAUCACGGGUCGGGUCUGCUUCGAAACCGGCGACAUCCCGACCCGGUUCCCGCCCGACAGCCCCCUGGCUCCACAGUGGUACAGAUUGGAGGACGGCAACGGGCAGCGAGUAGCCGGAGAGCUGAUGGCCGCCGUCUGGAUUGGAAACCAAUCCGACGACGCCUUCUCCGUCGCCUGGCACUCCGGCGACGGCGACAGCGUCGCCCACACGCGCGCCAAGGUGUAUCAUUCCCCUAGACUGUGGUACCUCAGAAUCCAACUGAUUGGCGCUCAGGAUUUGUCAAUUCCCGACAUUAACAACAGAAUACGUCCCGAAAUCCACGUUAAAGCGGUUUUAGGGCAAAUGGUCCUGAAGAGCAGGAUCAUUUCCCCUGUCAGGAAUCCUACUACCACCACUACUACCCUAAACCCUUCCGAAGAGCUCGUAUUCGUCGCGGCAGAGCCGUUCGACGAUCCCUUGAUCCUCAUUGUCGAGGACCGAGCGACCGGGUUCAACAUCGGUCGUUCGGUGCUCGAUCUCGAUAGGCUGGAGAGGAGGAUUCUGCCGGUUCCUGCCAUGGGAGAGAAAUGGAUCAACAUAGAGAGAGUAGAGGCCGGAAAUGAUGAGAAGAAGGGAGCAGUCAAGCUCUGCGGGAGGCUUCACUUGAGGGUUUUCCUCGACGGGGUGUACCACGUCUUCGACGAACCGACCAACUACUGCAGCGAUCUCAGGGCCACUUCCCCCAAGCUGUGGCCCGAAAAGAUCGGGACUUUAGAGCUUGGAAUCCUGAAAGCACAAGGAUUGGUGCCGAUGAAGUCCAAGGAAGGCGGGAGGGCGUCCACGGACGCUUACUGCGUGGCGAAAUACGGGCCGAAGUGGGUCAGGACAAGUACUGUUCUAGACAGCUUCGCGCCCAAUUGGAACGAGCAGUACUCGUGGGACGUGUACGAUCCCUGCACCGUGAUCACCAUCGCGGUGCUCGACAACUCCCAACUAGGAAACACCAACGACAAUAACAAGAACAAGAACAAGACCACUGCUCCUUCCGAUUCAAGAAUCGGGAAGGUUCGAAUCCGGCUCUCCACGCUGGAAACGAAUCGGAUCUACACGCUGUCCUACCCUCUAAUCGUGCUACAACCUAACGGGGUGAGGAAAACAGGGGAGCUUCACUUGGCCGUCAAGUUCAAUUGCAACUCUGUAGCCAACCUGCUGCAAACCUACACGCAGCCAUUGUUCCCUAGAAUGCACUACAUCAAUCCGCUGUCGUUUUACCAGAUGGACGGGCUGAGGCACCAGGCUGCCUACAUCCUGUCGUCGAGGCUAGGCAGGGCGGACCCGCCGCUGAACAAGGACGUGGUGGAGUACGUGCUGGAUUCCGUGGUCAAUUUGUGGAGCCUCAGAAAGGGGAAGGCCAACCUGCACAGGUUCAUGGCCUGCUUCAGUUUCCUGUCGCGGAUUUACAGAGCGUUCGAUUGGAUUAAAGGAUGGAACAAUCCAUCGGUCACACUUUCUUUCUACUUCCUGUUCUUGAUCCUGGUUCAUUUCCCCGGACUCAUCCUGCCGUGUGUGUUUAUGACUCUUUUUUUGGCAUGCGUUUCCGGGUAUCCUCGUCGGCCCAGGCACCCUCCGCACAUGGACAUAAGGAUGUCACACGCGGAGGAUGCAGGGUUCGAUGUGCUAGACGAGGAAUUCGACACGUUCCCCACGUCGAGGCAAGGGGAGGUGGUGAGGAACAGGUAUGACAGGAUGAGAGGGAUUGGUGGCAGGGUGAUACUGAUGGUUGGGGAUGUGGCGACGCAGAUGGAGAGGGUGCAUUCGUUGUUUGGCUGGAGGGAUCCGAGGGCGACGAUUCUGUUCUUGGUGGCGUGUUUGGUGUGUUGCACGGUGGUGUACAUUUGUCCGGUGAGGUACUUGGUGGUGUUUGGAGGGAGCUAUGCGAUUCGGCCGCCGAGGAUGAGGGUUGCUGCUGUGCCGUCGCUGCUGCAUAAUUUCCUCAGGAGGCUUCCUUCCAACGCGGAUUGCAUGCUGUGAUUUGUGUUGUUGAUCGUUCGUAUCGUAUUAUCAUGUUCCUUCUUUGUUUGGUGCUUUUUUUCUGUCUUCUUCAGGAUCUGAACCUACGGGGAAGUUUUAGUGCUGUAAUGUGUACUGCUUGAUCGUGAUCUUGUGGUUUCGACGAUGAAUAUGUAUGCAUUUUUCAUUACUACAGCUUUACAAGCUCUGUAUAUCUUGAUUUAUUCCUGUUGGCUGUUGCGUUUUGGUUGCCCCUGCAAUUUGGGUUUUGAUGCAAUGGGAAGGUGGAAGCAAGUAGGAACAGGUGAUGGCUGGAACAGUUAGCUCUUCUCUGCUCUCCAUCUUUUGGUUGAUGAAUUUAGUAGGUCUUACUAGGUAGUACAUAAACUUAAAUGAAAGUUACAUAUAGAACCAAAAGAUCGAUGAAAAGUAACAUUGUAGUACUUCAAUAUUGUUGGUCGGAUGUUACAUCACCUUUACUUUUGAAAGUUUACAGGUAGGUCUCCCUUUCAUUGGAUGGUGAAUUUCAAGUCACUGACUUUUGAUAUGUAUUCGAAAUUUGUAAAAAAAAUAUACCAAAUAUUGUAAUCCAAUCACAAUAUUCACUUAACAUUCAAACAACUGAUACCAAAUGUAAAAAUUCACCUAUCCAAACUUGUCGUAAUAGUUAGUAACUUUCACGUAUACACGCGAAUUUAUUUGUAGCUUAACUUUAUGUAUGUCAAUUUCGAUGUCUGUAUUCAUUUUCCUUCUUUCUUUUCUAUAAUUGUAUGUAAUGGCACACCCAAAUGGAAUUCAAGUUUUUAGUGUAUAUGGAUGCAAUGUUGAACUUGUGCCCUACUCUACUUGCACUUGAUAAAAAGGUGACAAUAGACAAUAGUGACAUAAAUGAAAUUAGGACCCUACUAAUUGGAUGCAAUGUUAAUCCACUCAAGGAACUUAGGACCCUUUGUAGACGAUUGUGAUGCAAUUCGAAAUUUGUUCUUCCAACAUCCUCAAAUGAUCAUGGAAAUUGGAUAAAAUGUUUUGCUAAAUCUUCAAAAAGAUUAGAACCAAAUGAUAGGGGAUGAUUGAAAAUCUUCCACACUUAUCUUAGAGACUUUUUUCAUAUUGAAGAGAGUGUCGAGAGGAUGAGAGCUCUGCCAUCUAUAUCAUACACGACAUUGUUCAAAGCGAUUGGAUUAUACUUGUCGAUUCAAGUCUCUGCUUAAAGACAAUGUUGGCAAGACAAAAGCACAUACUGUUUGCUUCUAAUUUAGAUUUGCAUAUAAUAUGUCAACAUGAAAUUGGUGGAGUGGUUGUGACACCAGAAUUUGUAUCCAGAUUUUUUUUUAAUUUCAAUGCUCUUAACAUCCUAUUCUUCUAUUCUCCCACUCAUAUUGAGUUGAGGCACCCAUAAAAAAUGUUUAUCGCCAAUAUAAGAAGGCGAGAGUUGAGAAGGUUGAAAUUUCAAUUUAACAGAACAAUGACAAUCGUAAUUAUUUUUAUAUUAUAAAAUGAAUGGAGGGAUAUUUUGAUCAUCUCGACAAAAUUUUAGACGGAUUAGAUAAUUGGUGUGAAUCGAGUUACAAAGAUGAUCUACACGGCAACAACAAACAACUUGAACGAAAACUAAUGCUAGGAUUUUGAUUAAGAAUUGUAACAUAGAUCAGUAACCAGCAUUAAAAGACUUGAUAAUUC